GAGACAUGAACGGACGUUAAUGUGCACGCGUGAAAAUGUCGCUAAAAAUCGCGCAAGCGGAGUGUUUGGAGUUUAGUCCGACUUUUGAUUCUCACAGUAACGUUAGUCGGGGUGAAACCGGAAAGGAAAAUAAUAAUUCAAUUCCCGUACUGUCUUUAGUUCAGUUUUCAAGGUCUCCUUUCGUGUCAUUUGGGACGAUCAAGUUAGGAUCAUCUAAAUCGGUGCCUUUACGGAUUGAAAAUCCCACUGAAGAUGUGUCGGCGACAGUCGUAGUGGAUAAAAUAUCAACAAGCAAAGGCUUUUCAGUUGAUCGGACGUCUUUCACGAUACAGCCUGACGAUAGCAUUAUAUUAAAUGUCACAUGGACACCAGUGGAUGAAGGUGGAGUUCGUGAGCUCCUCUGCUUUGUUGCAAAUGGCAUUGUCAAACAUCAAGCCAUACUGCUUGGAAAAGCAGAGGCAACCAAAAAGAAAAAGAAAACCCUGUGGGAUUCAAUUAAAUCGAAAAGAGGGGUUCCAGCGCCCUCAAAAGAAAAUAAAUUGGCAUCGGCGUCGAUUAAAGCGGCAAAUAAAACCUUUCACGUGUCUCGGCAGUCUCAAUACAGCAAGGACAGAACAUCGAACCCUUUAUCGCCAUUAAACCGAGAAAGGACAAUCAAUGGAUCCAAUGCUGUCACGAGAAAACAACAGUCCACCCCUCCUCAGAUGAUGUCAAAGCCCACAUUUGUAACGGAGAACUUUAAUGAUGAACAUUUACAGAAAAACUCUCCGGUUGUUGUUUUAAUACCAGCAGACCAAUUACUCAAUACACCUGAUAAAAAGGAUGCGCCUUUUUUACGUAAAGCAGAGUGCAAAGAAAUAAAAAGGGUUUUGAAUAAAACCCUGUCUCCUAUUAGCACCCCAGACAGGUUAAGAAAUCCACUGUCGUCAUGCUUUCAAAGUCCACUUCCUGUGAUUGGAAAACUGGAUGAAGAACCCGAGAAACCAUCUUUGUCCGUAAAAGAUGCUCUGGAUGUUAUAGGAUCUGACCUGUCGCGUGCCGUGAGCCCUCCAAAUGCUUGCUCAAGCUUUGAUUUUUCCGACUCUCUUGAGUCUGAGAAGCAACAUUCAGAUUCGACCUUUAGAGUCACCGUUGAUAUUUCUCCACCACAUGAAGCUAUACACCCAAGGCUGACUUACUGCGUAAAACCCAACAAAGCCAUAGGUGUUGAAUCAAAUGAUAAUUUCCGGCUCAAGAUGACAGCUUUCAGCACGGCCACGGUGACCAAGUUUAAUAAAGUGGAUGACACCCUGGAUCCUGAUGUUUUGAGGUCUAAGGUUUGUGUUAAUUGCACCACUGUGACCAAAAGCAAAGCAGAAUCCUCUGUCGAGAGUCCGGGUUUGCGUAAGAAGAAAACUUCAAGGCGCAGGCUCCUCGAAAGGACCUUGGAGCUCUCCGAGCCUAGUAAUGCAGAAUCCAACACAAGUUCUCCUGAAAGCAACUCGGCUUCACCGGUCAUAAGUCCUGAUUUAAGUCCUGAUGAAGAGAAGCCAACUGCAUAUUUAUCUCUUCCUGUUGAUCAACCUUUGUUGUCUUGCAUUUCGCCCAUACGCUCUGAAGUGUUACCUUGUGUUAGUACUAAUCAGUCAACUAGUCUGGAUUUAUCAACCGAUAAAGGACCUUCGUGUCUUUCUCUGGAUCAGUUUCCUGUCCAAUCCAGGACAUCUGUGCCAAAUAAAAAGAGAAAAAGUGAUGAAUUUUUUAGAGAUCACCCAGAAGACGGGUUAAAUGUCCAAGCUAAAAAGUGCCGUGCCCCAUCACGGGUGAAAGAAACUAAGAAACCGAACCAAGAAAAGACUUUCAGUUUGAAGUCUACAUCAGCGGAAUGUAGUGGACAACAGCAGAAAUUUACAGCUACAGCAAGCUCAAGAAAGUUCACAAGACCUCAACCGAAGAAAUCCCUUCCAAAAUCAACUCCAAAUGUUGGCCGGUCUGUGAAGUCACUAAGUGGUUCAACUCGAAAGGCUGUAAAAGUUGUGGCUGUGGCGCAAGCCAAGCUGACCUUUAUGAAAACAACACAUACAGUCAUACCAAGGCACCCGCUGCCAUUUGCCGCAAAGAACAUGUUUUAUGACGAGCGAUGGAUCGAAAAGCAGGAGAGUGGCUUCACCUGGUGGAUGAAUUAUGUUCUAACUCCUGACGAUUUCAAAGUUGCCACUGAAGUUACCAAGGUGAAUGCCUUGUCUUUAACCUUGGGAAAUGAGAAAUUCAACAUACCCAAAGCACCAACAAAAGAGGAGAUGUCUUUUAGGACCUACACAGCCCGUCAACGACUAAACCGCCUUCGGCGAGCAGCUUGCAAGCUUUUUACAUCUGAUGCCAUGGUAAAAGCCAUCCAAAGACUGGAACUGGAAGUGGAAGCCAAGAGACUGCUUGUGCGAAAGGACCGACAUCUUUGGAAAGACAUCGGUGAACGGCAGAAGGUUCUCAAUUGGCUUUUGUCGUUCAAUCCACUUUGGCUGCGAAUUGGGCUUGAGACAAUCUUUGGAGAGCUGAUAUCACUUGAAAGCAACAGUGAUGUUGUAGGACUGGCCAUGUUUAUUCUUGGACGUCUGCUUUGGAACCCAGACAUUGCUGCUGAGUACAGACAUGCAAAAGUGCCAAAUUUGUACAGAGAUGGCCACGAGGAAGCGCUCUCUCGGUUCACCUUAAAGAAACUUAUCCUGCUGGUAUGUUUUCUGGAUAAGGCCAAAGAGUCAAGACUCAUUCAGCAUGAUCCCUGUUUGUUCUGCAUGGAUGCUGAAUUCAAGUCGAGUAAAGAUCUGCUGCUUGCGUUCUCACGAGACUUUCUCAGCGGUGAAGGGAUUUUGUCACGUCACCUCGGUCACCUGGGCUUAGCAGUGUCCCACGUUCAGACUCCUUUGGACGAGUUCAACUUUGCCGUGAAGAAUCUUGCCGUUGACUUGAGAUGUGGCAUUCGUUUGGUGCGUGUUAUGGAGCUCUUCACGCUAGACUGGACUUUGUCUAGAAAGCUCCGGAUACCCGCCAUUAGUCGUCUUCAGAAAGUGCACAACGUCGACGUUGCCCUACAGGUGCUGAAAGACAAAGGGGUUGAUCUUCGCGAUGAACAUGGAGCAACUAUUGACUCCAGAGACAUUGUGGACGGACACAGGGAAAAGACCCUUAACCUCCUGUGGAAAAUCAUCUUUACAUUCCAGGUGGAAGUGUUACUUGAUGAGAGCCAGCUUAAAGAGGAAAUCAGUUUUCUCCGGAAAACCUGGAGAACAAAACAGAAGUUGGCCUCAUUAAUCGCUAACAAAGGAGCCGUAGUGACGAAAAUGAAGGCGACGCAAGCGUUCGAACAUCACAGCCAGAAAGUAACGCUGCUUCUCGACUGGGUCAAUGCUGUGUGCGAGUUUUACAAUUUAAAGGCUGAGAACUUCACAGUGUCCUUCUCGGAUGGUCGUGUGCUUUGCUACCUGAUCCAUCAUUAUCAUCCUGGCUAUCUACCUGUUGAAAACAUUCAACACAAAACAACACAGACCAUAGAGUGUGGUCAGCGCGGCAGAGUCGAGCUCAAUAACUCCUCCAGCGAAUCAGACUGCUCCUUUGAUACCAUGCCAUCGAUGCAAGAAUCCGCAUCGGUGGACUUUAAAGAGUUGCUUGAGAAUGAAAAAAGUAACUUUCAGUUGGUGAAUACGGCUGUGUCUUAUCUCGGAGGAGUUCCUGCCAUGAUUAAUCCGGAGGACAUGUCCAACACGAUCCCGAAUGAAAAGGUGGUCACCUGUUACCUGUCCUUUCUUUGUGCUCGUCUUUUGGAUCUCCGUAACGAAACGAGAGCAGCGCGAGUCAUCCAGGGCGCAUGGCGGAGAUACAAGCUACAGAAGGACAUUGAGCUUAAUAGGCAAAAGAACCUAGCUGCUACAAAAAUCCAGACGCUCGUUCGGAGCUUCAUUAUGAAAAGGCGCCUAAUCCGACAGAAUAAGGCAGCCAUCGUCAUCCAGGCGUUCUGGAGAAGACACGCAGCACAGGAAAUGCUGAGAGUGCUAAAACAAGAAAGAGAGUUUGCUCUUCAAAAUGCUGCUGCAACUUUAAUUCAGAAAAAGUACAAAGCUUGGAGAAUUCAAGCUCUCAUCAAGAAAAACCAUGCUGCCUCUCUGAUCCAAGCAACUUUUCGAAAGUGGCAUGCCAAAAAGGUUAUGGAAAGAAGCUCUGCAGCCUUACGAAUUCAAACAUGGUACAGAAUGCAGCGUUGUACUAAACAAUACAUGGAGAUGAAAAGAAAAACCAUCUGUAUUCAAGCAUGGUUGAGAGGCCACCAUCAAAGAUGCAAGUUUCAGACUUUAAAGAAAAGGCACCGUGCAUCAAUUGUUAUUCAGAGUGCAUUCAGGGCUUACCUGGUCAGGCGACAAAUAUCUAAAAUGGAGCAAAAGGCAGUCUUGAUUCAGAGGUGGUUCCGAGCUUGCAUGCUAAGGAAAGCCGAGCGGAAGAGGUAUUUGGAGGUAAAAUCGGCCGUUCUUACUGUGCAAGCAGCUUUCCGUGGAUGGCAUGUGCGCAGAACAGUCGCUCAACGAAAUCAAGCUGCACUUCUGAUUCAAACUGCUUUCAGAAGGUUUUCGGCUCGGAAGAACUUUAUGCUUUUGAAAAGAUCAGCCAUGGUUCUUCAGCAGAGAUACAGAGCUAAAAUGGUGGGAAACAAGUUGAGACUGGAAUAUAAGGCUCUUAAAGUCGCUUCAGUGACCAUUCAGGCAGCAUGGCGAGGAAGAGCUGCGAGAAGAAAGCUGUAUCACCUCAACAGGUGUGCUGAAAUUAUUCAGUCACACUAUCGUCGAUAUGUGGCACAGACCCAGUUUAUGGAGAUGAAACGUGCUGCUGUUGUCAUUCAAAGAAGAUAUAGAGCAUUCAGAGAGGGAAAGAAAAUAUACGCUGAAUACAAUGAAAUGAAAAGAGCAGCCGUUGUGCUUCAGAGUGCUUAUCGUGGCCAAAAAGCAAGACAAGAGAUUCAGAAAAGAAACCAAGCAGCCAUUUUGAUUCAGUCAGUGAUCAGAGCUUACAUUUGCCGCAGGACAUUUUUAGCUCGAAAACAUGCUGCAGUUGUCGUUCAGCAACGCUAUCGGGCAUUUGCACUUGGACAAUCCCAUAGAGUCCGCUACUUACAAUUGAAGCAGGCAACCAUAAAGCUACAGGCUUUAUAUCGUGGCUUCAAAAUCAGGCAAAACCUGAAAAGAGAAAAUCAAGCUGCUACUAUUAUCCAAGCUCAGUUCCGAAUGCAUAAAGUACGGAUUUUCUUUCUUGCCGCAAAGUUUGCAGCUAUCAUUAUACAGCAGCGAUACAGGGCUUUCAAAGCUGGCAAAUCCAUGCGAGACAGCUACUCGCAGAUGAAAAAUGCUGCUGUGGUUAUUCAGUCCGCAUUCAGGGGAAUGAAAGUCCGCAAAUGUUUGCGAGAAAUGCACCAAGCUGCGACAGUGAUUCAGGCGCAUUUCCAUGGACAUGUGCAACUCAAACUGUACCAGAAACAGCGGUGGGCUGCAUCAGUUUUUCAGCAACGAUUCAGAGCUUACAAAACGGGCAAAUCCAUACGAGAUAGCUACUUGAAGAUGCAAAAUGCUGCCGUGGUCAUUCAGUCAGCAUUCAGGGGAAUGAAAGUACGCAAACAUUUGCGAGAAAUGCACCAAGCUGCGACAGUGAUUCAGGCACAUUUCCGUGGACAUUUGCAACUCAUACAGUACCAGAAACAACAGUGGGCAGCAUCAGUUUUACAGCAGCAAUACAGAGCUUACAAAACUGGCAAAUCCAUGCGAGACAGCUACUCGCAGAUGAAAAAUGCUGCUGUGGUUAUUCAGUCAGCAUUCAGGAGAAUGAAUGACCGCAGACGUUUGCGAGAAAUGCAGCAAGCUGCGACCGUGAUUCAGGCGCAUUUCCGUGGACUUUUGCAACUCAAACAGUACCAGAAGCAACAGUGGGCUGCAUCAGUUUUACAGCAGAGAUACAGAGCUUACAAAACUGGCAAAUCCAUGCAAGAUAGCUACUUGCGGAUGAAAAAUGCUGCUGUUGUUAUUCAGUCAGCAUUCAUGGGAAUGAAAGUUCGCAAACGUUUGCGAGAAAUGCACCAAGCUGCAACAGUGAUUCAGGCGCAUUUCCGUGGACAUUUGCAACUCAUACAGUACCAGAAGCAACAGUGGGCUGCAUCAGUUUUACAGCAACGAUUCAGAGCUUACAAAACUGGCAAAUCCAUGCGAUAUAGCUACUUGCGGAUGAAAAAUGCUGCUGUUGUUAUUCAGUCAGCAUUCAUGGGAAUGAAAGUUCGCAAACGUUUGCGAGAAAUGCACCAAGCUGCAACAGUGAUUCAGGCGCAUUUCCGCGGAUAUUUGCAACUGAAACAGUACCAGAAGCAACAGUGGGCUGCAUCAGUUUUACAACAGCGAUUCAGAGCGAUCGUAGCAAAAAAUGCUACCCUGAAGCAGUAUGUAGCUCUGAAAACAUCUGCCCUACGGAUCCAAUCAGCUUUCCGUGGAAUGAUGGUCAGAAAGCAAAUUGCAGAAAAACACAAAUCUGCUGUAAUUAUCCAGAAGACAUACAGAAUGUACAAGCAACGCCUUGAUUACCUUUCCCUUAGAAAUGCCACUAUGUGUAUUCAGCAACAGUACAGAGCGAUUUUAAGUGCAAGGCAACAGCGUAAAGCUUACUGCUCCUUGCGAACAGCUGCCAUCACUUUGCAGUCCGUAUACCGAGGGAUGAGAACAAGAAAAGAGAUCCACAAAAGACACGAAGCAGCCACUGUGAUUCAGGCAUCAUACAGAAUGUACAGGACCAGAGUGCCAUUCCAAGCCAUGAGACUGGCAGCAAUUGUCAUACAGCGACAAUACAGGUGCCAUCUACUGCGAAAAGAGGCACGGGAGAACUUUUUGAGGCUGCGGCACAGUGCAACAGCAAUUCAGGCCAUUUACAGGGGAAAUUGUACACGUCGUAAUAUUGCCAAAAUGCAUGCUGCUGCCACAAUCAUUCAAAGGAAGUUCCUUGCCUACAAAGCAAGGCAGAGCUUUUUGUCCAUCCAAGCAGCUGUUCAAUUCUGUCAACGACACUAUCGAUCAGUUUUGGCUGCAAGGAGAGAUCGGAAAGAUUAUCUUGUUAAACGCCAUGCUGUUCUUGUAAUUCAAUCAGGUUUCAGAGGAUUGCAGGUCCGCCAGCAGAUCCGCAGAGAGCAUGCAGCUGCAACAAUCAUUCAGUCCCAUGUAAGAAAGUGCAUUUUCAAGUUACGCUUCCAAAGACUUCGAUGGGCAGUCAAUACUAUUCAACAACGUUUCAGAGCUAUUAAAAUUAUGAGGCAAGAGAUGGCAGUACUAAAAGAAAAGAAGAAUGCUGCUGUGAUUAUUCAGUCAGCAUUCAGGGGAAUGAAAGUCCGCAACCAUUUGCAAGAAAUGCACCAAGCUGCGACCGUGAUUCAGGCACAUUUACGUGGUCAUUUACAACUCAAACGGUACCAGAAACAACAGUGGGCUGCAUCAAUUUUACAGAAGCGAUACAGAGCGAUCGUAACAAAAAGGCAAGAGAUUGCAGCACUGAAAGAAAAAAAGAAUGCUGCUGUUAUUCUGCAAGCUGCGUAUCGUGGCAUGAAAUCCAGACAGACUUUGAAGCAAAUGCAUCAGGCUGCCACCAUCAUACAAAAAACUUUCAGAGCUUGCAGUGCUCGUAAGCGGUAUUUAGCCAUGAAAUAUGCUGCCAUUGCCAUUCAACAAAGAUUCCGUGCUGCAAAUGCGGCAAAAAUGCAGAGAAAGCAUUUUCUUGAAAUGCGUCAAGCUGCCCUUGUUGUUCAAGCAUGCUUUAGAGGCCAUAAAGUUAGGAGGACACUUCUACGUCAGCAUCAGGCAGCUAUUUUGAUUCAGUCAUACUUUAGGAGACACAGAGAGAUGGCCAAGUUCCAGGCCAUGAGAUUGUCUGCAAUCAUUAUCCAGAGCCAUUACAGGUCUCACAUUCAGACUAAAGCAGAUCGGGAAAGCUUUUUAUGUUUGCGAAAAUCUGCCAUAGUCAUUCAGGCAACUUUUAGAGGGCACUCUGUCAGGAGGCAGUUAGCAGAAAAGCAAAAGGCAAUCAUCAUUAUACAGGCUGUGUACAGAAUGCAUCAGCAAAGAAAUGCAUUUAAGAGACAGCAGUGGGCAGCAAGGGUUCUUCAGCAGCGGUUCAGAUCUUUAAAGCUCCGAGAUGAGCAAGUGCAGAGAUACCAGCAGGCUAAGAAGGCUGCAGUAUGCCUGCAACAGGCCUUCAGAGGCAUGAAAGCAAGAAAACUAGCCAGGCGGACGAAUGCUGCCAGAACCAUCCAGUCCUACUUAAGGAUGCAUCUACAACGACAACAGUUUUUGAAAGAAAAAGCUGCAGCAAUUGUAAUUCAGUCUGCCUACAGAGGCUACUGCACUAGAGUUCAACAUGCUAAGAUGCAAGAAAGUGCAAUGCUAAUACAAAAGUGGUAUAGAUCACAAAAACUGGUCCAGGAAGAGCGAAAUGGCUUCUUGGCUCUUAAGCAUGCCACACUAACGUUGCAGUCUGCCCUGCGUGGAAUGCUGGCGAGGAGGCUUGCUAAGAGAAAGCAGGCCGCAAUCAAGAUCCAGUCUGUGUUGCGUAUGCAAAUAUAUCGCAAACGCUAUGUGGUGCUCCGCUCAAGUGUUGUAAAGUUGCAAGCCCAAUACAGAAUGUUGGCCGCCCAAAGAAGAUACCGCAGAUUGCAGGCUGCAGCUGUUACUCUCCAAAAGCAUUACAGAGCUCAGAGGGCAAAAACAGAGCAGAGAUGUAGUUACCUGAAGACCCUCCAAAGCAUAAAGAUCCUUCAGGCCAGAAUACGUGGAUUGUUUGAAUACAGAAGAUUUCAACGAUUGAGGGCAAGUGCCAUGACAAUUCAGGCACAUUAUCGAGGAAUGCUUGAGAGACGCAAGUUUCAGCUACUCAAGGAAUCUGUAUGUGUUAUACAGACGCAUUACAGGGCCUUCCGACUCUGCCAGAAAGAGCGUGCCCAGUUUCUUCAACUACGUCGGUCUGCUGUUGUUAUACAAACCGCAUUUCGGGCUUACCAAACAAGACAACAUGCUGUACAAACACAGGCUGCCUGUAAAAUUCAAGCAUGGUUCCGAGGAUGCCUAGCUAGGCGAAACUACACCUUAAAACGGGCCGCUAUUGCAACCAUUAAUCGAUGCGUUCAGGCAAGACGCCAACGUUUAAGAUUUCAGGCAGUCCAGCGCAGUGUCCGAAUCAUUCAGCAAAGAUGGAGGGAAACUCUGAUCGCCAGGAAACAGCGAUCUGGUUUCCUGAAGUUCAGAAAGUCUGUUAUAUGUAUCCAGGCGUUAUGGAGGGGUGUGCGAGUUAGAGAUUCCAUUCAGAAGGAAAUCAAAGCAGCGGUGACGAUACAAUCAGCAUUCAGGAGCUUUUCCCAAAGAUGUCAAUAUAAACAGCAGAUAGCUGCUGCCGUCACUUUACAGCGGCGUUUCCGAGCCUUGCAGCUAGCCAGAGCUAAAAAGGAAAAUCUAAGGAAGCGAUGCGACGCUGCUGUCUGUCUUCAGGCUGCGUGUCGUGGCUGGCUCGCAAGACGUCGGAUUAAAGAAGUGGUUGCUGCUGCGAGACGUCACCGCUUCUCCGCUGCUGUUUACCAUCAUCUCUGUGCAAUAAGAAUUCAGAGGGCAGUUCGUGCACACUGGACCCUUAAAGCAGCUAAGAGACAGAUCUCUGUGGUCCUUUACAUCCAGCAAUGUUUUAGGGCAAAUCUGCAGAGAAAAAGGUAUCUCAAAGAUAGACGAGACAUCAUCAAGACACAGAGAGCAGUGAGAACCUGGUUAAAUCGCCGCAACCAAGCUGCUGUCACGAUCCAGCAUGCUGUCAAGAAGUUCCUUCUGAAGUGUCGGAAGGAGAAACUUCAGCGUGGAAUAAUAAAGGCGCAGGCGCUCUGGAGAGGACAUCGUUCAAGAAAACUUCACGACACAAGCAAAGUCAUUUCCAUCAGGCGACGUUUCCGAGAAAUAAAUCGAAACGUGAAGGAAGAGGACAAGCUGUGUAACAAGACCAAUACGGCGCUGAGCUACCUGCUCGGAUACCAAAAUUACGCCUACAUUCUUGCAGCCUUAAAACAUUUGGAAACCGCCACCAGACUUUCACCAGAGUGCUGUGAACGGCUUGUUGAAAGCGGAGCGACGCGCACCAUCUUUAUUCUGAUAAGGAGCUGUAACAGAAGUGUUCCUUCAAUGGAGAUCAUCACCUUAUCCAUUCAAGUCCUUCUCAACUUAUCCAAAUACCACAGAACCAUUGAUGCGGUUUAUGCUGUGGAGGACUCUGUAGAAACACUGCUGGAUCUCCUGCAGAUCUACCGGGAGAAGGCUGGAGAUAAGGUGGCAGAUAAAGGCGGUAGCAUCUUUACCAAGGCCUGUUUUCUCUUGGUUUUGUUAGUCCAAGAUGAGAGAAGAGCAAUGGAGGUGCGAAAUCUGCCCAAGACUUCAGAUCGUAUCCGCAGCAUCUGUCGGCUCACGCUUCGAAAAUGCAAAAUGGACGCUGAGAGAACCAAGGUCAAACAGAAAAUGAAUGCCUCUCUAAAUGGAAGUUUCCUGCCACAAGCUACUCCUCGGAAAUCCAAACCAGUAGCCAGGUUUGCUCCAGAUUGGGUGCUGAGGCGUGACAAAAUGAAGGACAUUGUAGAUCCUCUCCGUGCCAUCCAGACAUUGGCGAAUGCUCUGUCUAUAGUGCCUUAAAAUAUUUGCAUCUCAAAAAACAAAACUGUGUGCUUGUGAGUCUUUUACUUUAGCUUGAAAUUGUUUACCAUGAUGACCUUGUACAUAUUUUGUAUCUUUUCUUUUUAUAAUGUGUAUAUAAUUUUAAUACUUUUCCUGUGGAUAAUUGUUUUAUUACCGCAUAUAUAGUCUCUGUCAAGGUGUCAAUUUAACUUGAAAAUGCUGUAAAUAUAUAGGUGCUAAAGUUUGAAAUUGAUUUUAUUUUUGAUGCGCUGUAAUUGAACAUUAAAAAAUAAUGCCACAACUUUG